GGAUUACUCAUGUGCUUAUUCCUGUACUUGUGAGCAAAAACCAACAAAGAGCAUAGCAAUGUUGCGCUCUCAGGACUACCAUGCCCACAUUUCAAAAGUGCACAGGACUCCCAGUGUUCUCCCUGAUGUCCCUCGGUACCCCAAUGCUCACCAGGUCUUCACCAAGAAGGUUAACUCUGAGGAAGAUAAGGGAUUCAAUGGUGGGCAUCACAACCCACAAACUCGUGAGAGGCUUGCAGUGGUAGAAGAGUAUGAGCAAACCACGGUUCCUGAGAAUGGGGUUGCUGAAGUCAUCUACGAAGAAAACGUGGAUGCUGAAACCAAUCAGGACUACCCUAGGAAGAACAAGGGUGGCUUUGAAUUGCAAAAGUGGAAGACCUUUAGGCUUUAAGAAGCUUAUUAUGAUCAUGAAUCCAGUUUGCUACCCAGGUUGCCUAAUAUACCAAAAUCAGCAAUAUGCUUGUGUGAAAUAAAAUGCCUGCUUUGCCAGCCAUUAUGUAUGUCAAACUAGGAAUGGUGUUUUAUACAUGUAGUACUUAACUUUUC